GUUUAUAAGUUAUAUUCUUCAAGAAUCAAUGGGCAUAUAUAAUUAAUUUAAAAGUCCAUACUGUAUGGAUGUACAUUUACGCUCUUAUAUAGAGCGACUUACAGGAGCAAUUAGGGUUAAGUGCCUUGCUCAAGGGCACAUUGAUAGAUAGUCAGCUCGGGGGUUUGAACCAGCAACCUUUCGUUUACUGGCUCAACACUCUUAACUGCUAGGCGACCUGCCACUCAAAGGAUUUUACAACAACAAAAUAUUCUAGAUUUAAAUGUUUCAGCCUUUUUAGCAGUUUAAACUGCUGUGUAUUUGAUCUUAAAUUGUGCAUAAUCCUGUUUAUAGAUUUCUUCAAAAAAUAUAUGAUUGGGUUUUCCUUUGCAGGCCAAAGAGCAGCUCACUGCACAAAUCAUAACAAAUCUGAAUGAGUGCAUCAUAUCUCUGCCUAGAGACAAGCUCCAAAAUGUCAGUAGAAUUGGGGUGUCUGGACAAAUGCAUGGGGUUGUAUUCUGGAAAGCCCAAACAGGCUGUGAUUGGUCAGGUGGAGACAGCGGUCAGCUCUUCAGACCUAGAGACACCAGUCAGCUGAUCACCCGGCAGGAUGUGCGCUGCAACAGUCAUUUUCUGUCUACUCUUCCAAACCCAGACUUACAUCUCAGCAUAGCCACGGGCUUUGGUUGUGUCACUAUCUCCUGGCCGGGGUUCCUGUCUGACUUCACUGUGGCAGGAACCAACCAUGAAUAUGUGGUGUCCAUGCUUAGUGGUUCGGAGAGCUGUGCCAUGAUGACUGGCCAGAAUGCAGCCAGCUGGGGCUACUUCAACAUUGCCACCAACCAGUGGAACAUAGAUAUUCUGAAGGAUGCUGGCUUUCCCGUGCACCUGCUCCCUGAGUGUGUGCCAUCUGGCUGCAUGGCUGGUCAGACGUGCUGUGAGUGGCAUGGCGUCCACGCCAACACACCUGUAGGGGCAGCCCUGGGGGACUUCCAGUGUUCUGUCUACUCCUGCAUGACUGACUGGACAGAUGCAGUUCUCAAUAUAAGCACUUCAGCCCAGCUGACCUAUGCCAUGCCACUUGACUUCACUCCGCCAAAUAUCCCUGAUCCCACCUCCUCCAUCUCCUACCUCCUCUACUUUGAUGGCUCCUACUUGGUGGUGGCAGCAUCGCUCAAUGGAGGAAAUGUGGUCGCUACUCUUGUAGGCAUGCUGAGUGGCUGGAUGAAUGAGCUAGAGGUGGAGGUGAGAGACUCCAACAUGUAUGAGAAGCUGAUCAGAUGUGCCCUUGGAGUCCUACCAUCCUGGGGGAAAUACACGACCCGCUCAGCCUGGGCCAGGUGUAAAAAAUACACCCCUCUAACCUCUCCCUAGGCCACAUGACCAGAGCGGUGUGCUGGGGCGUUCUAGACAAUAUCACCUCCAUGAUGCACCCUGUCUUCCUGCUGGAGGCCGGAGUGCAAAGGAUAAUGGGCAGCGGGAGUGCCUUUUCCCAUAACGCGGUGCUCAGACAGGAAGCAAAGAGGGUGUUUCCUCUACCUGUGGAAUACGGGCAGGAUGUGGACUCAGCUGUGGGUGUGGCUAUGGUCUUUCAUGACGGGACUGUGAGUUAUAAAAGGGACAUGCCUAUUUGUUUACUUGAAUAUUUGAAUACUUGAACUGUAUUUUUUCUGGAUCAUGCUUCUUUUACUAUCCAGUGAUAUCCUCAGAAAUGUUUAUGAACGAAUACUAUUAGAAAUUCAUUGUGCAAUCUCCAAUUAAAAUGAUGUCUCACAUUUAUAGUACGAACUAAAAGUUAAAGUAAGUGCUAAUGUAGGACAUAGUUAACUACAGUAAAAUAAUGUACUGUAUUUGACAUGUUUGCAUUAGUGAACUUGACAUUUUAACUAAAACAUUGUUC